AUGUUGUCAAAAUUCGUUAGAGAAAGCUUUUGGGGUCGCGUCAUUUACCACUUGUCACGUAGAAAACUCUUCAAUUACAAAGAAGAGCAGCCCGACUAUGUGAUUCCAGACAAGUACACAGGGAAUAGUGAAGCUCAAUUAGAAAAUGAUGGAUCGAAGGACAAACCAGAAGCAGAAAUUGAUGACCAGAUGAGUUCACAGUCGAGGUCGAAUUCUCAAUCGUCGAGUUCUGAUUUAACAGUGAAAGUCAACAAAUCUGAUGAGGACAACUUAAUCAUUGUAGGGUGGGACGGCGAAGAUGAUCCUGAGAAUCCAUUGAAUUGGCCCUUACCUUACAAAAUCCUAUUUAUUUUCGAGAUUGGAAUUUUGACUGCUUUUGUUUAUAUGGCAUCAGCAAUCUAUACGCCUGGAGUUGACGAGAUUAUGAGAAAGUUUAACAUCAAUCAAACAUUGGCAGUUUUACCGUUAACUCUAUUUGUAUUUGGUUACGGAAUUGGGCCAAUGGUAUUUUCUCCAAUGUCUGAGAAUGCUCGAAUUGGACGAACUUCAAUUUAUAUCAUUACUUUGUUCAUUUUCUUUAUCUUACAAAUCCCAACUGCUUUGGUCAAUGAUUUAGCAUCACUAUGUGUUUUAAGAUUUAUUGCUGGUUUCUUUGCCAGUCCAUGCUUGGCUACAGGUGGUGCAAGUGUGGUGGAUGUUACUUCAAUGCCAUUCAUUCCAAUAUCACUUUGUGCGUGGUCUAUUGCAGCAGUUUGUGCUCCCUCCAUGGGUCCCUUGUUCGGCGCAAUUGUUACUGUGAAAGGAAACUUCCACUGGACAUUUUGGUUUGUUUGUAUUGCUUCGGGGAGCUCAUUCUUAGUUUUGGGUUGGUUCCUUCCCGAAUCAUACGGGAAAACCAUCUUGUACAGAAAAGCAGAGAGAUUGAGGGCUUUGACUGGAAACAAGAAGAUCGUCAGUGAGGGUCACAUUGAAAAUAGUAAGAUGACGGUACACGAGAUGGCAGUAGACAUUUUGUGGAGACCAUUCGAAAUCAUUGUCUUUGAGCCAGUGGUGUUACUCAUCAACGUCUAUAUUGGGUUGAUCUAUUCCAUUAUGUAUCUUUGGUUUGAGGCAUUUCCCAUCGUAUUCUUUGAAGUUCACCAUUUCACGUUGAUUGAAUCGGGUGUUGCGUUUUGCACCAUCAUGGUGGGAAUCUUGCUUGGGGGAAUAUUUUAUGUCAAUCAUAUCUUAAGAGUUUUCACUCGAAAAUUGCAGAAGGGUGAGAUGGUUGAUCCAGAAGUGUUUAUUCCCAUCUCCAUAAUUGGAAGUUUUUUGAUGCCCAUAGGGUUAACAAUUUUUUCGUGGACCAGUAGUGCUGAUAUUCACUGGAUUGCACCAAUGAUUGGAGCAUUAAUUGCCUCUUCUGGGGCUUUCUUGAUUUUCCAGACCUUGUUCAAUUAUUUAAGUAUGUCCUUCUAUAGGUAUAUUGCUUCAGUUUUUGCUGGAAACGACUUGUUCAGAAGUUUCAUGGCUGGCGCCUUCCCACUUUUUGGAAGAGCUUUAUUUUUGAAUUUGAGUACACAUAAGUUCCCUAUUGGCUGGGGAUCACAGAUAUUGGGCUUUUUAACCACGUUGAUGAUUGCUAUCCCUGUCUUGUUUUACUUCAACGGGCCAAGAUUGAGGGCAAGGUCCAAAUACGCUGGAAUGUAG